AUGCAAUAAUUCUCUUUCUGAAAAUUAAUUGGUUUGAUAUUCCAGUUGAGAAUUAGGAUGGAUGUGCCUUUGACACACUGAGAUAUGUACUCGGUGGGUGCUGCUGUCCUGCGGCCCACGCUGGAUGUGGUGCGGCACAAUGCAGUGAGAUCUGUAUAUGGUGUCCUAGCUAAGAAGGCAGCCAAGAAGGGACCGGGGUUUAUGACUGAAGAUGCUCUAGCUAUCCGUGAAGCACGUAAAAAGAAGAAGGAGGAUGCGGCAAACAAGAAGUACGAUCCUGAAUUCUUGAUGACCGGGAAAGAGAAACGAGAACUUAAAGAGCUGGCGCAGUUGAAACAGCUCAAGCUGGAUAAGGAGCAACGGCCCAAGUUCACCUACCCUGCAGAGAUUAUGACUGGCUACAUUCCAUUAGGACCAGACACAGACCACCAAGCCAGGCGAAAGCAACAGAGGAAGAUAACCAAGCUGAAAAAGCAGGACAAGGCAAUGGAGAGAGCACAUCGGCGCCAUUACUUGGAGGUCCCGUUGCCUACAUUGCAUGCUAACUACAUACAAGAGCCGGACGGCAUGCGGGACCUGGCUCUAACAGCCAUCCACUACAAUGUGGCAAGUGAUGUGCUGCGACAGAAGGGCUUACUGCUCACGACGCCAUUGAACAUUCGCUACAAAGACGGUGACUUUGUCCACCGCGGUAAUAUCGUUUCACCGGCGACGGCUCAGACUCGACCGUCAAUGUUCUAUAAGCCUGGUAGUGAUGACACACUGUAUACCAUGAUCAUGACAACACCAGAUGGAAACAUCUUUGCUUACCGGGAAGAGGUGUUGCACUGGAUGGCCUGCAACAUACCUGGUAACAAGAUUGAUCAAGGUGACGAGAUUUGCCCGUACUUGCCACCAAUACCCUGCGAAGGCACAGGCUACCAUCGCUAUGCGUUUGUCUUACUAAAGCAAGUUGCUCGCAUCGAAGGCGUGGAGCCAUUGCCCAGUCGGGACUUGGAGAAGCGAUCAUUUAUCACUUCCGACUUCAUCAAGAAGCAUGAGCUGGGACUCCGCGGCCUGGCCUUUUACCAAGCGAAAUGGGAUGCUAGCGUUGGUGAUGUCUUUGAUGAAUUAGGCUGUGGAGAGCCCACUUACAACCUGGUCAAACCUCACGAAGUCCACCUUGACCCCAAGCAGUCUCAAGCAAUAUUCAAGAAGCGUGCCUACCUCCGACACAAAAUGUGAUCCCUAUGCUCACUGCUAGUGUUGCUCUGCGGGCUUAUGCUCUUGCACGUCGAAAUUCCCGUGCCUCUUGCCUAGUCUGACAUAUUUGUACAGAGUCAAACUUUUUCUUUUUAUUUAACGAAUUGUGUCGAGUUUGUGUGCUCCUCUACGUGCACUUAAUGUUAUAAUUAUUUCUAAAACAUUUGGGGUCAGAGCAGGUACAUUUGACUUUGUGGAUAUGAACAA